GCUCUGUCAUGGCGUCUUCCAACCAUGUUACCCCCACCAAAUGUGGCUGGUGGCCCAUCUCGGCGAUGGACGGGGACGGCAAAAUGACAGACGGUGAUGAGUGUGACGACCCUUGCACGGCUGAGCCCAAAGCGCUCAACAAAGACAGGCUGGUUUUGUACCACUGGACGCAAUCUUUCGCCUCCCAGAAGGUCCGCCUAGUGAUCAACGAGAAGGGUCUGGUGUGCGAGGAGCGAGAUGUCAGCCUGCCGCUACAGGAACACAAGGAGCCGUGGUUCAUGAGACUCAACCUGGGGGAGGAGGUGCCCGUCUUCCUCCACGGCGACAACAUCAUCAGUGACUACAACCAGAUUAUAGACUAUUUGGAGACCAACUUUGUGGGAGACUCGGUGGCUCAGCUGAUUCCGGCGGCCGACUCACCAGUUCACGAGCGCGUGCACCAGUACCGGCAGUUGUUGGAUGGCCUCCCCAUGGACGCGUACACGCACGGCUGCAUCCUCCAUCCGGAGCUCACCACCGACUCUAUGAUCCCAAAGUACGCCACUGCUGAAAUACGUCGGCAUUUGGUCAACGCAGCAACGGAACUAAUGAAGUUAGACCACGAGGAGCCCCAACUUACGGAACCCUAUCUGUCCAAGCAGAAGAAGCUCAUGGCGAAGAUUUUGGACCAUGACAAUGUCAACUACCUGAAGAAAAUCCUGGGAGAGUUAGCCAUGGUUUUAGAUCAAGUGGAAGCCGAACUGGAGAAAAGGAAACUGGAGUACCAAGGUCAAAAGUGUGAGUUGUGGCUAUGCGGACCUGACUUUACACUAGCCGAUAUCUGCCUGGGAGCCUUGCUGCACAGGCUCAAGUUCUUGGGACUUUCUAAGAAGUACUGGGAGGACGGCAGUCGACCCAACCUGCAGUCCUUUUUUCUGCGCGUGCAAAAACGCUACGCUUUCCGAAAGGUCCUGGGCGACAUCCACACGACGCUCCUGUCGGCCGUCCUGCCCAACGCUUUCCGAAUGGUCAAAAAGAAGCCGCCCUCCUUCUUCGGGGCCUCCUUUCUAAUGGGAUCCCUCGGCGGGAUGGGCUACUUUGCCUAUUGGUUUUUAAAAAAGAAAUACAUGUAGUGAAUGUUCUCUCCGUGUGUUCGAUGUCCGUGUAUACGUGUGACAUUUUCCGUAACAUUUGACAACGGCAGGAAAACCGUACUGAAUAUAGAAAACAAUAUUUACCGGGGCGAGUAAAGACACAGCGUAUGAAAACAUUCCAUAAUAAGACAUUUCUUGACUGCACAUUUUCGGGCACUCGCGGCCUUCGUCGAGCUCAUUUGCUCUUGUGUUUGACCUCUGUUGAAGUCAUGCAAGCGGUUCUCAUAAUACUACACUCCUAACAAACUGGUCUCACGCACGCACACACACACACACACACACACACACGCACACACACACACACAAGGGUUAAGUGACCUUGGCAUGCCGCGAUCCAACGUCAUUACUCAUAGCUGCUAAAAGCAUUAAGCCACAGGAAGACUGUAUCACUUUCGAAUCCGGGCCCGUGUCCAAAACAAAAACUUAUGACAGAAAUGUAUUUAUAAAACAUCUUAAGCCUUGAAAGUUCUUAGAAACUAAAAAGUGCUCGGGGGGGAAAGGAGAACUUUCCAAAAGCUUACAGGACAAGUUGUUUUCAGUGUUUCACAAAAGGAAAAUUCAUUUAGAAAAUUUUAAAUUGCUAUAAUAAGAAUGAAAUAUAUCGAUAACUAGUAAAUUGUGACUAAAUUGAAGAGCACAUUUUUCCAUGAAAAAAAUAUCACUGCAAAAAAAUGACACCAUUUUAUCUAAAGUUAUUAUAUUCCGAAAAACCAUCAUUGUUUUUCAUCACAUACACAUUUUUCCUAAAAUGUUUCGGUCUUUAUUCUUGAAAAACUGACUUUACCCUAGAAAAAAAAAAACUAGUUUCGAAAGAGCUCCACUUUAAUGAACAAUGGUCAACUAAAUGAUCUUAAACUGUUUAAAGACUUUUUCAUCUUUUAAAUAUGCGUUAUUCCAUGAAAAAAACUGUUCAUGUAAGAGUCCAACUCUUAAAAUAAUUUAUUAUUAUACAAUACAUUUUUUUCCCUCAAAAAAAACAUGAAUUUAUUCUUAUAAGACUCCCACUUAAUUUUCACAUUUAUUUUAAACUCAAAUCUGAAAGAACUCGUCAUCGUUAUGGAUACGGGCCCUCGUACUUACUCUAAAGCUCAAAAGUGGCGUGUAACUAUAUACAAGAACAUGACUAAGCGCCGUUUCCUAACAUACCAGCUGUACAUGGGCAACACAUGCACACACACUCACGUCCUCUUGGUUGAUGUGAGCACUAGAGAUGAAAUCACACCGUACACUCUCUGCAGCCACCAAGCUCGGGGGUUUGCGUUUCCUCGCUAAUUUUGUCCUGCGUGGAGGGGGAAAAACACAAAAGGGCACGUCCUCUUCCACGCGUGUGUACAUUUCUGGAUCCCCAGCAAUAAUGAGCAGGAAAAAUGAAUGAAUUCCGUCCGCUGCUGCUUGUUUGUCUUUGGGUUUUUAUUUGCAGUGGUAAUGUCAAUAUCGCGGCAAUGAUGAAGAGUUUGGUGACUAAUUUCUGACCUUGAUUGAGUCAUACAUUGAGUAUGUAUGCCACCUCUGAAAAUGACUCAAGGCACACCAUCACACAGAAAUUGGCACAAGAAAUACAUCGUGUUGCUUUGAGACACUACAUUGACUUUUUGGAGAUAAAAACGUAUUUGCUGAUGUGUUGUUUUGACUUACGACUAACGAUUGUUUUAAUAAUUAAAUGAUGAAUUGGAUUUAAUAUUUUAUCACCCAUCCCUUCAAAAACAGGACAUUAUUUUAAAUUGACUACAAACAUUUAUUGUUGACGGGGAGAAAUUCCGAAGAUUUUGACACUUUUUAAAUGAAACAAGGUCUGUUUUUGGCAUGGCAGUUAUUUCUUAAAUUAUUAUUUUUUUUGUAUCUGAUCCAUCAACUAAUCUAAAAAAAAGUAAUCAUGCUGCCCUAUUUUUCUAUAAAGAAAAAUAUUAAAUUUCUGUUUUAAGAAUUACUCUUGGAACAGAUUAGUAUCAUUUCUAUUCGUUCCAUUGAGAAAAGACCAUUUGAAAUGCAUAUCUCGAGUUAUGAAGUCGAUUACGUCAGUGUCUCAAAGCACCAAAAUAAUAAUGAUCCCAUCUCAAUUCACGCACUAACUUAUUUGGUGUAAAAGUCUGAACACUUUGCUGCAUUCUUCUGGCAACGGGUGGACAAACCGGUUACUUAAAUGGAAGGAUUUCAUUGCUGUCCCUGUCACUGGUAUGUUAAUGCAAGACUAAUCACAUGACCUCUGCCACACUUCCAGCUCAGACAUUUGCAUCGACACAUUGUUCAACUUGUGUAUGGUGGAGCGUUGCUCCUGCACAAGGAGCAGCAAAAUGAUGGCACAAUGUGGCAAGGUAGUUUUGGCUUGACAGCGUGACUUUAGUUUUGGAAUCACAGCUGCGAUCAGAAUAAUAGCGGUGCGUUUAAAACUUUUGAUUCUGAAUCCAAGCAUAGAAAAAAUCAUCACAUCAAAAUCGGUUAAGAUUUUGCUUUCCUGCAAAUCACUGAAUUGUAUUCGAGCUUCACUUCUAUGCUCAUUAGUGGACUUGGAUUUGAUAUCGUUCAGGUUUCGAUUUGGAAUCGAAUGUGCAGCAUUUGAAAAGUGUUUGCGAGAAUGGAAAUAAAAGCAAUUGUUAGGACAUUGAGUCACUUUUUAAAAAGGCACCGCAACUAUUAUUCUGAACACAAUGUCGGUAUUUGCAACACUCCACUGACAAAGCGCGCGUACAUUCAUUUUAUUUCCUGGUUUGGUUUUAAUUCCGCCUCUUGACAAGGCCGGGAACCUCGUGCGUCACGCACACACAAUCGAGAGAUUAUACUUGUGAUUGUGGCCGUUCAAUCUCACAAUAAUAUAUGUUUAUUUUCUACCUUUUAUUUUUUUAUAUUUAUAUAUAUGCAUUUAUUUAUGGUGCUUUUUAUGAUGUUUGUUCAUAAGCCUUAA